CCCUACUCAGUGACGGCACAACAGUCAUCGUGCAUAUCCGUACUGUGGACACACCUUGUGUAAUUUUUAUAGUUUUGUAAUUAUUUUUUAUUAAUUUUUAUACGGUUUUGUGUGAUUUUUUUCAUUUGUUUUUAUUAGUGGUGAUUUAGUGGUGAUCUACGGUGCAGUUCUGUGUUCGGUUUUAGUGAUAACUUAGUGUAACGUUUUGCACAAUUAUUUCACGAUCUGAGACGAUCGAAGGAAGUUAUUCGCGUAUGUUAUGUUUUGGUGUCGAUGUACGAAGUUGUAUUUAUGCGAUUAUGCGAUUAGUUAUGAAAUGCUGACCGGCGGCUGAUUUUUUUCGCGAGAAUUUGUGUUACUAAUGGUUUAUCGUAGCGUAAGAUGACCGUUAUUUUGAAAUAAGCAAGCGUAGUCGUAGUCGAGCUCGAGAAACGCACUCGAGUGUUACUCAUCCUGUGUAGUGUCUGUGUGUACUCUACGUAAAAAUAACCUGUUGUGUUUUGCUCAUCUCUUCCACUCUUCCUCUUCGCAUGUACGUUGAUUUUGAUACGAAUAUGAGUUUUAAUUGUGUUAGUGCUAGUGUUGAAUCGCGAUAAAGGCGAUUAAAAAAAUGCAACUCGUGAAAUGAUGCGUUACUUUUGGUCGUGGUGUUCGGUUUUGGCGACCUGUUCAAUUCUAGUCAUUCCAGUGAUCGCGGAUGUUUAUGUAGAUAAAUAUGCUCAAGAUUCAUUCUCGUAUCGUACUACAGAUAAUGCUAACUCGAAAUACACCGAGUUAUCAGCUAAUGUUAUAUCAAACGCGAAGAUCACGCUGGAAAAACAGCUCAGUCCGUAUAUUGUGAAGAAGGAUAUUGAAAUCGAGCAAUCUGGAGAGCUUUGGAUUGAACCCGGUGUCAAAGUUUUCUUCGAACCUGGAUUCGGUAUCACGGUUAGAGGGAUCUUAACUGCGAAGGGCGAACCUCAGGAAAGGAUUGUUUUCACCUCGGCUGCCAACACCAAUGAGAAUUUGAUACCUGAAUCGAGCGAAUACCUCAAACGUGUCCGAUUAGUCGAUGGGCCUAAUGUUUUCACCGGCAGAUUGCAGAUUUACCAUAAUAGUCAAUGGAGAUCCGUGUGUACUAAUUCCAGUGUAUGGACCAAGGCCGAUGCUAGAACAAUCUGCAGACAGUUGGGAUUCCAAGAAGGGAGAUUUUGGAAAUGGAUGGAUCGCGAAACUGGUACCUUUCGACCGAGGCUGUUACUGGAGAAACCAGAUUGUCGAGGAAUCGAAGCAUCCAUUUUCGAUUGCAAAUGGCAAAACAGACAACUUGGAUCUGGCGUAUGUGAUUACCAUCCAGAUAUCGGGGUAGAAUGUGCAGCUCGUCACGAACCUCUGACAGCCCUCAAACACUGGAGAGGAAUCCAUUUUGAAAACGCAGCCUUCGAACGCACACUUACGCAACAGACCGCGUUAUACGUGAGAAAAUCCUUAUCGAAGCUCGUAAACGUUGAUCUCAGCUAUGCCGGCUCCGGUUGGAACUACAGCGCAAUUUCGGCUUUGCAAAUCGAAGGCGUACCACCGGUCAUUAGUUCAUGUUCGAUAAGUUUUUCAGCAUUUAACGGUAUCAACGUUACAGAUCCUCAAGCACCUGUGACCAUCGUCAACUCUACAAUUUCAAAUAACGGAGGUUACGGCGUGUAUAUAAAUUCGACUGUCGGAGGAGCCCUGCUUGAAGGAUGUACCGUAGAACAAAAUCAAGCCGAUGGUGUGAAAUACGUUCAUCACGAAGAACCCGUAUACAGUGUCGAGAGAAGCCACAAUCCUUUGGAUUUCUGUACCUUCCCAACGACAUCCAGUCAGACGUUUCCAAUUACUGUGAAUUUUGAUCAGAGUUUGUACGCGGCGCAAGCCAAAGAAUGCCAUCAGACUUUUUACGCCAGAUCAGGUCAAGUUCUGACCCUGUUCUUCAAACACUUACGCAAAUCGAAGCAGGGUGCGGCUCGUAUCGAACUAUACGACGGUUUCAGCAACACGGAUAAUCUACUAGCCAUCGUCAACAUCCAAAAUCUGACAAGACCCCAGUCUGUAUCGACCACCGGAAGCAAUCUGUUCAUAAAAUACGUAGCUGAAGCCCAAACCGAAGCUUUCGCCUCGGUCAAUAUCAUCUCAUCUUCUCAAAAAUGGUACGAUCUGAGCAUAAUCGACUCGAACGUAGCGGACAACAAUGGACGCGGCGUGAUGGCGGAGAACAUCCAAAGCCAGCUGUAUCUGAAACGAGCUUCGGUUUCGAAAAACAAUCACGUAGCCGGAGUACAUGUUUUACACGGCGCAGCCUACGUAAACGUAUCCGAAUCACGAAUAGCUUUCAAUUACGGCGACGGUGUUAACAUAAGCUACGCCGGAGGCGUACGUAAUAUCUCUGAAUCGUUCAUAUCGUCCAAUCAAGGACACGGUAUCGCUGUCUGGCUCAAUCUGACCAAACGCAGCGAUACCAUAGUUCGGGAGCAGUGGCAACCCUUCGAAGAAUACACGCACAUUCCAUCCACGCAGCAAACAGUCGUCGCGUACAAUGAAAUAUUCAAGAAUCUCGACAGCGGUAUUUUGGUAGGCAACUUUUGCGGUAACUCGAUCGUCAACGUGACCGGAAAUUGGUUCAAUAACAGCUUGGGUAAUUGUAUCGAGAUACAGUCGUGCUGGAUGAAAGAGAAAGAUAAAGGCGGACAUUUGAUGACGGUGCAAAUCGGCCAUAAUUAUUUUUACGGUAAUCGAAAACUCGGUGUCAAGUUAUCACCUUUGGUCAACGCCGAAACAGUCGUCGAGUAUAAUUAUUUCUCCAAUCAUUCGUUCGGAGCGAUCCUCAUCAGAAAUGGAUUGAACGAGCAGCUCAUCAGGCUGCCUAGUAAAGCGAUCGUGGAACAUAACGAGUUCAGAGACAAUAGCGGAGUAUACGUGGUCAAUAUAGGAUUAUCACCGUACAGCGAAACGCAAAAACUUCUGUUCACUUUCAACGUUGUCAAAGAUAACGAUAUCAAGGAACCAUUCGGUAACGGAUUCGAUUCCAAAUUGAUACCCAGAAGCAAGGUGGCCGCUCCGGUCGUCGUAUCGAGUGAAAAUACUCACAUCUAUAGGAACAUCAUUUGGAAUCCUGAUUCUCGUUACGAGGUCGGAUCUCAUCUCGAAGACCAGAGUUUGGUCAUCAAUUGUACGCUCAACUGGCUCGGUACAACUAGCGAAGAAAAUAUUUACUUUAGAUUAUUCAAUCGAAAAGAUCGAUAUAAUUUGGCCAGAAUCGAAUACAUACCGUUCCUGCUCCAUAGCAGUAAUCCGGCCACUACACGUAUUCUGGAGCAUUCGACGUACGUGCCUUUUUUCCAUAAAACCGCAUCGAGGGCUAUUGGAGGCGAAGUCGAUGGUGUGGAGACGUUGAAGGCUGCUGAGUACAUUGUCGAACGCGAUAUCAACGUGAGACCUGGUGGAAGGCUUCUGCUCGAACCUGGAGUUACUCUUCGAUUCCCUCCUGGUAUAGGUGUUAUGGUUGCUGGUAAAUUGGAAGCUAAAGGAAGAUCAUCUAACAAGAUCACGUUGACUUUGAAGGAAGAGAGGACCGAAGAAGUCGAACAACCACCUAUUGCCGAAUCGGAUACAAUGUCUCCGGUGACCAUGAUGGCAGAUGAAGCAGUAUCGAAUGAGCCACCCAAAGUACAUGUGAGGUUGCACGGAGGUGUUAAGCCGACCGAGGGUAGAUUGCAGGUCUACAUCAAUGGAAAAUGGGGCACGGUUUGUAAUUACGGAUGGACGAUCGAAGCUGCAUCGCUGGUUUGUCACCAGCUACGUUACGUGUUGAAUCCAAACGACUGGUUUUUAAGCAAUUCGGAAAUAUCGAUGUCUGGUACUUCGGAUCCUGUUUUGUUGAGUAACGUGAAAUGUACGGACGAAGAUUUGAAUAUUUUGGAUUGCAAAGCGGAAAAAGAAUCCGAAUUCGAGAACUCGUGCAGCCACGAUUAUGAUGUUAAAAUGAGAUGCUACGAACCCGGUUGGGCUGGAUUGAGAUUCGGAGUAUUGGCCGAAAGAAGUAAUCUGCAGUAUUUGAGUGUUGAACGAGCCGGACUCCUAGAUUACGCUACUAAUCUGUUGAAACCUGCUCUUCAAAUCGAUUUUAACCGUCACUCGUUGGAAAACGUUCAACUAAACCACAAUCUGGAUGAUGGAUUGGGUAUCAUUUACUCGGACUUGUAUUCUCCCGGAAUGACGAACGUGAUUCGCGAAUGUACGUUUCAAUAUAACGAAGGAGCUGGCAUGAGCAUCAAGCAGUUCGGAGCCAAAGUAUCAGAUUCGUCGAUAUCUAACAACAAGGUAGCCGGAGUACGUCACGAUCCGGUGAUAAAUGCCAAACAACAGAAAGAGAUUGCCGGAUGGUUCAAGAUGGCUUCAUCGGAUGAUACAGUCUUGGUCACUUAUAAUCCGCAGUUUUUACCCAGACUUGAUGAGAAAACGGUGAUUGAUUUUGGAACCGAAGGAGAAACCAAGCAUUUCAUCACCGAACGAAUUCAUACAGCUCAAGCUAUCAAUAAGACGUAUAUAUUGAAAGCUAAACCGAAUCACUACGUUUUGGGUAUCCAAAUACUGAACCCUCCUCAUAACGAGAGCACCGAAAAAAUCCUCAUCUACGAUAAUCCAACCAUGGUGGAGACAGCUCGUAUUUGGGACCUGAAACGAGACCUUAUGAGUUUUCCAACCACUAGUCGAACUCACGGAAUUGUUUUGAGAUACGAAAGUGGACUGAAUGCGAUGGGAAAUGUGGUCAUCGUGAUUACUUGUACUUCAGCUCGAAAGGAACCGAAAUAUCCUCGUUUGUUGAAUUACGAAUCGUUUCCAACGCUGCUUGUAACUAAAUCACGUAUUAGAGAGAAUGGUGUUGGGAUAUGGAGUUCGUAUUAUAACAGUUAUUUAUCGGAAUUCGGAGAUCAUUAUUUGAGAAAAAGUAACGAAACGUUAGCUUUGGUCGAUUGCGAUGUAACGAAAAAUGAAGGAGAAGUUAUUCUGGUCGAAUCUUUGAUAUCUACGUGGUUCUAUCAGCAAUCCAAUAUUUCCGAAACCACCAUCAUUGUAAACAACAGCCAGAUAUUCAGCAAUAGACGAGGAUUCAGGCAAUUUAAUUGGGAUCAGCGUAACUCGACCAACCUUUUCCAUUGGCAUUUUUACAAAAACACCAUCAAUCAAAAUGAAGCCGGCGGAUUCGAAAUCAUGUUACCUUAUGUGUGGUCUUAUAACGAAAAUUAUACUCAUACCGUCGUCCAAGAAGAUAACUACUGGGAAUCGAAUAGAAAUUUCGCUUUUAUCGUCGACGGUCACUAUGCUCAGGUCAAUUUGACCAGAAAUAGUUUCCAGAAUAACGAUUGCAAAGAGGGCUUGAUAUCAUUACGUGGAAUGGAAAAAUCGAUGAGUAUCGCUGGAAACAAGAUUACCGAAAAUAAAGGCAUUUAUAUGGUCGAAUUCAAAGCGAACAGUCAGUCGGAAAUACGAGGCGAACUACGCGCCGUAUUUUACGAAAAUAUUCUCGAACGCAAUACUCCUUCGAGAGAUGAUCGUACCAGUGUGAUCGUUUUCGAUGGUAUUCAACGAGUUCGAAUCAGACGUAAUCUUAUAUCGUCCAAUGGUCUGACAUACGCGUUGGUAGCCGGAGUGAAAACUGCCCGAAUUGAUAGCGCUUUAGACGUUUCGGAUAAUUGGUGGGGUACGACGGAUUACUGGAAAAUCAAGAAGCAGAUAUUCGAUUUCGAUGACUGGAACGAUCACGCGUUGGCCAAUUUCCAGCCUCAUUUAAUCCAAAAUGAUUUCAAUUCUCCGAUAUCGGUUUCUUGGGAUAACAUCACCGAGGUCGAUGUGAAUAAUUUAUCCGGAAGACUGUUUCAUUCAUUGGUGCUGAAGAAACGCGACCAACCUUACCAAAUCUUGUACGAUUUGACUGUUAUGCCGAAUGUAACAUUGACCAUCGAACCCGGAGUAACGAUCGAAUUUGGUCCCAAAGUAGGAUUACUCGUAUUGGGUACGCUGAUCGCUAGAGGAAAACCGGACGAUGUUAUUAGUAUGAUACCCUUUAGACGAGACUUAUACCAUAGUGAAGAAUGGAGAAAUGCCACUGUUGCUAAAAGUAAAGUUCGUCUGUGUGCUGAUAACGUCUGCACCGGUCCCAGGAGCGGUAAACGGGUCAGAGAAGGAUUUUUGGAGUACUUUAACAGCACCACGUCUCAAUGGGUUCCUAUUUGCGAUGAAACUUUCGUCGAACAGAAUGCCAGAGUUGUUUGCCGGCAGCUGGGUUUGGAUAGUUUGAACGUAUGGGUAUCAAAAGGACGUAGAUACGAAUUUUUACCAAAUGCGUUGACUAGAAUUUGGUCGUGGCCGGAGCAGUUGCAAUGUUCAGGCGAAGAAGAAACAUUAGACGAAUGUCCACUACGAUUGAACGAAUUGCCUCACGUGAAGAGAUACACUUGUCAAUGGGAUAGUUCGUUUGUCUUCAUUCAUUGCGGAGGAACCGAUCGUACCGCUGAAAUAGAUUAUUGGGGUGGUAUCAGAUUCGCCAAUAAAGAAUUCGAAUGGAAUAACUACGGCCAAGUUCACGAUCCGGUUACUCACGAUGAUUUCCAACAACCUGAAUCUGUAUUAGAGCACGUCCAAGUGAUCGGCGCCGGAAUGCUACACUAUCAUAAAUCUCCGGCUAUAUUAGCCGUGGUGAAAUCACCUCUCAUAUCCUAUGUUAAUGUUACCCAAAGCGCAUCUCAAGGAAUUAAUCUAGUCUCGCCCGAACAUAAUGUUAAACUUUUGCAUAACAAAGUGGAAAGCUGUCUCGAUACUGGAAUCUCAAUAGCGUCUUUGACCGGUGAAGGACGCGAAACGACGGAGAGUUCGUUUAUACCUGCCGAAAGAGUAGAUCUGCCUUACAAUGUGUUCAGUAUGUUAGAUAUGUGCGAUCCUUUGAAGGAGAUCGUACUUCAAGAACGUGUACUGCUCUAUUAUAAAUACACUAAUAGUCCGGUAUCGUGUAUUAAGAUAUUUCAUAGCGCGUAUCCGAUGAAAACGUUCGGAUUUAGAUUUUUACAAUUGAACUUAUUCAACGAAACCGAUACUCUGUCUUUGUACGAUGGCAGCAUCUACAACGUGUCGUCGCCUAUCAUAGCUACUAUCUCGUCCAAGAAUAAAAUCAAGAAACAAUUCAUUACUUCGAAAUGGCCCAGUAUGAGUGUGAAAAUGAUGGUCUCGGGAGCAUCCCACUAUCACGGAUUUAUUGCGGAAAUUGUCACAUUACCUAUUAGUGCAAUUACUUUCAAUCGAGAUAUUCUACACAACGUGUCAUCUUCGAUAUUAAAAAAUAAUUGGGGAGGAGCGUUGUACUAUGUGAGUGCUGGCGAAGUGAAUCCUCGAUUUACGAUGGAAAAGAAUCAAAUCACCGGUAACUGCGUCAGACUAUACGGUAAUUUUACGACUUGCGAAUCGGCUGUGACGAUGGAUCUACAGAAUACUCAAAAUGUGUAUUUUAGAAACAAUUUGAUUUCCGGAAAUAUCGGAGGAUUGUGGAUUAAAGCGGAUUCAGAAGGAUCGGCUACAUCGGUUAAAGCGAUCAUCCAUAACAAUCUGUUCUCCAGUAAUAAACGCAAGUCCGCUUUGAGAAUCGAAGGCAGAAGGAGUAGUCCGUAUCAGAAUGUCGUUCUGUAUCGUAAUUAUUUCGCAAUCAACUACUCCCCGUAUGAAAACGUGAUCGUGCUGAAUCAGGUGAUGUCAAAUUUCACUUUGAAUUACAUUCAAAGCAACAUUGGAAGCCAUAUUUUGGAAAUAUCUGGAUUUGAACGAGUUCGUCAACCAACAUUGCAGACAACUUCUCACAACAGCUUUUACUGGAAUUAUGCAGUGGAACGAGAUUCAAAAAGUACAGUCUUAGCUGGAACAGCCGGACAGAGUUACAUUGAUAACAUGUUCUCCAAUCCGGAUAAUGAUUUUGAAAUGAUCACAGUGAAUUCUACAGUUUUGGAUGUGUGGAAUACUCCUUUGGCUCCAGUCAAUGCUCGUUAUAAUUAUUGGGGAUUCAAUGAAACCUAUGCUGUUGGAGGGCGAAUACAUGAUCACCAAGAUGACUUCAGGUUACUGGAAGUGGAUUUCCUACCAUUCCACUUGACCAACGAUACGCUUCUGGAUAUAAAAUGCCCACCAGCUUGGAAUUUGGUUGGUGACACGUGUUACAUGUAUAUUGGUGCUCCGAUGACUUUCUACGAGGCUCGUGACUUCUGUUCGUCUGUAAACGCUUCACUGCCUUAUGUGAUGGUCAGCUACCAUACUUUGUAUCAAUUCCUAAAACACCAAGAAGAAAGAUACAUGUUUUUCGACGCGGUCUGGGUCCAGAACUUGAACAGAAUUAACACAUGUACAGCUUUUGUGCGCAAUACCAUCGAAGAAGAUGAUUGUCAGCAUUUGCAUGCUUUCAUUUGUGAGAUGGAUCCUAAAGUAACACUGAAUGUACUAAGUUGGAGACACGAUGUGCUCACUAUUGGAGUCUUUAGUUCAAUUGUGUUGGCAUUUUUGCUGCUGUCUUUGGUGGCUGUUUUAUGGUAUUCCAAGUCGAAACAUCGUCAUACAGAAAGAUUACAGAGGAGGAAUUCCAUUCGACAGUCUUUGAAUUCGUUGAGAUCAAUAUCAUCGUCUCAGACAGCUUUUAAUGAUUUUGCAUACAAAAGAAGAACAUUGUCUGGCCAGACAAAUCUCUCAUUGACCAGAACACCCGAGUACAAGAAGAUGAACAACGGCAGCGUUGACUCUAUGGAGAAAUCUCAAUUCAACUCGUCCUUGGAAGAAGAUACUCAGAGUUUCGAUAUAUACGAAGCUCAUAAUCCUAACGCAGCUGCCUUAGCCACUGCUGCUGCAGCUACCGUAGCUAAUAGAAAUAAGAAUAAUUUCAUCGAUCUCUCGUACCAAAAUCAUGGUUACCGAACUAAUUCUAGUUUCGCGUCACAUGUCGAUGACGACGACGACUACAGAUGGCCGUCCAGCAGCUACAUGAAUAACUGCUCAACGUUACCGCUGGCUAGUAAUUUAGAAAUAUCGGCGAAAGAGCCGACCAUUAGUACCAUCAGCUCGAAGCAGGAUUACCAACAAGAGAACGAAUACCAAGAGUACUACGAAAGGCCUAAAAGUUCGGCUACCAUUUUAGAAACCAAUUUUGACGUGCCGAAGCCAUCCAUCGCGUCUAGAUCUAAAAGCGAAGCUCUACUAGAGACUAAUUUCGAUUACAUGAUGCCGUCUCAGGAUGUCAAGUACAGCGCUCACAUGAACGAUGUGUUUUCACCAGCUACCGUCAAGUCAAAAAGUCAGCCUUUGGAGACAGCCAUGUGAUCGUGAUUGUUUUUUGGUUUUUACUCUAUUGUGAUAUUAGUAUAUUAGGUAUUCGGUUUUUUUUGUAUUUUUUUUUCUUUUUUUUGAAAAACGAUCUCGCUUGAUUCAAGUUUUUCGAGCUCUGAUUGUAAUUUAGUCUAUUUAUGUAUUUACUCGUACGUUGGUCAAUAAGACCAAUGAUGUUCAUUUUGUGAAGCUGAGAUCGUAUAAUUUUUUUACCAUGUGAACGUAUGUAGUUUAAGUAAGAAGUUUUUGUAGUGCAUUUUUUUGUAAGUUUUUUUUUUUUAUGUACCCUGCCCAUGUGCCCUCCGAAGAUAUUUUAAUUGGGUAGAAUGCAAAAUAGCAUGCCCGGCUGUGUGAGAAAUUUUUUUGAAAAACUGUUUCCGUCCAAGAACGUGAUUUUUUUUGUUCGAUUUAAGAAACAGAACUCGUUUUUCAGUUUAAUUGAGCGUUGUUUUUCUGUUCGAUUAUUUUUUUAAAUCGCCAUACUGAGUUUUUUCGAAAUAAGAUCCUUUACUGUCGCCAAUUUUUUUUUUACUCAAGGGUGAAAAUUGUAUUUAUUUUAUAUUUUUAUUCGUGUAUUGUGAUAUUUUAUUUAAAUAUGUCUGAAGACGUAAAAGUAUCCUUAGUUCUUUUUACAUAAAUAAUUUGCAACUUGUGUUAAGAAAAAAGACUUGAUUUUUUUAUAUUUAUAUACCUAAUACUCCGUCCUUAAUGUAGAAGAUUCUUGUGUAUUUUUUUUUUACCACUCACUGCCCUCCUUGUAUGUAAUUUUUGUAUUUUAUGUGAUGUGUACUUUUUUUUUCAAGAUUUCAUUAUGGUUACUUAUGUACGAAAAUUCGACGAAUAAAAUUUGUUAUUCCAAUA